UUUGUCUAACAAAAGUGAAUCACAACGCAAGAAAACAACUGGAAUUUGUUUAUCGGUUUCUUCAAUCUCCUUCAAUAAAAAUCCAUCAAAAGAUUCAUCUUCUUUUCCAUCAACCCUUUGAUUUUCUCUUCAAAAAAUAAUUAAAGACAAGGAGCAAAAAAAAAAAAGAAGGUUCUUGUAGGAAAAGAAUUGGUAUUUUAAUUAGAGGAAACAACAAAUGGGUUGUGGGAAAUCAAAACAUGAUGUUGUUACGGGAAACUACACAAAAAAGAUCAGAAAAUUACCUUCGGAAGUUGAAUCAGUGAAGGGAAAAGAGAGCGAGACAAUUGAAAGACAAGAAAGCUGUCGGUGCGGGAAAAAGAACGACAUCUCCAACGUAGUUUGGAGCGACCAGCCAGAGAUUACCGUAGAAAACAAUACCAAGAAGCCGGAGGAAAAGAACGAUGUAGGAGAUUAUGAUGAGAAGACGGCGGUAGAGAUGAAAAAUGGUGACAAGAAACCGGAGGAAAAAGAAACAACGGACACUUCUUCUCCCAUGAAGGCGGUGGCGACGAUAGUGCCCGAGAAUAUUGUGACCGAGGAGACCGUUAACGACGUGAAUGAGACCGUUCCACCGGUUGUCGUCGAAGAACAAAAGGAAAAUAGUGAUAUUGAAACGGUGGCAGAAGAAGAGAAAAGUGUAGAGGAUAAUAUUGAUGGUGAUGGUGAUGUUGAUACCGAAGUUCCAUCUACUGAGGUCGAAGAACCAAAACCGGACGUAGAAGCUCCUCCAGUCACAACGGAAUUAGAAGUUUUAGAAAUUCCGACCACCGAAAAUGAAGAAACCGCAGCCGCGGAAAAUGAUGAAACCGUCGAAACAGAACAUGAAGAAAUCUCAGCCGCUGAAAAUGAUCAAACCGCAGCUGCGGAAAACGAUGAAAACGUUGAAACAGUAAAUGAUGAUGAAACUCCAGUUUUAAAGGAUGAAGAUAAAGUUGAUGUUGAAGAGGAAAAUCCAGCCGAUAUAGCAAAGGAAGUUGAGUCGGUAUGA